AUGAAAACAAGUUUUAAUACAUUAUUUAUAGCUUUGGUUUUACUUGAAACAGCUACUGCUAUAACUCUCACUAAUAUCUGGCAGUCUUUGGAAAUAACUAAUCCCUCAAUAUUGAAUAGACCCCAAGAUAUAAGAAAAGCUACUGUUGGUUGGAAAAUUUCUACUGCUGCUGUUUUACCUAAUGAUAUUUUUUUCUUCCUGAUGCCUUAUGUAUUCAAAACGAAGUUCGAUAGUGACGAAAUAUUGUUAAAAGCCAGCGGAACCGUCUACGCUCGCUGUAAGGUAAACGAUGGGUCAUUUAAUAGCGAUACUUCAUACUUCAAGUGUACUAUGACAAGUUCUGUGGAUGAUAAAAAGGGGCUUACUGCAACCGGAGAAAUAGAAAUUGAUUUUGUUUUUAAUGCUGGUGGUUCCUCUUCUGACUCAGACAUUUUGUCUGCCAAAAGAUUUGUAUCAGGUAAUAAUCAAAUCAGCUUUAACAACAUGGAAUCGGAUGUCAAUUUCCAAGCAGGUCCUUUUUUUAGAGACAAAAAGACUGAUGAGUUAUUAUACUAUUCAAGAUCAACUCCACAAGACUUAGAACAAGUGUUUAUAUUGAGUGGAACCUGUAAUGAAGGCAUAACUUCAGGUUCUAUCGUUUUUACAACUAAUAACUCUGUUGAUUGUUCUCAAUUUAAGCUAAAGAUCACUAAUGAUUUGAACGAUUUCUACUUACCAAAGAGCUAUAAAUCUGUCGGUGUGGGAUCCAUAAGAUGCUCCAGUGACAACACAAAGCUUACUGCUACAUUUAAUAAUGUUCCUCUGGGUUACAGAGUAUUCCUUGAAGGAUUUGAAAAGUAUCCAGAUAAUUCCGAUUUUGUUAAGCAUUUAUAUGCUGAGAAUAUUCAAUGUGGAGAUGGAUCUUCUAAGAUUGAUGGGAUCACAAAAAUAAUAAGGGUAGUAGAUGGUGUGUCUUCUUCAGGUGGAAAUAUCGAGGAAUCUAGUUCGAUUGAGUCAUCUUCAAGCUUAGAAAUGACAAGUACUCAUGAAAUAAGUAGUUCUUGUACUCAAAGUAUGACUACAUCUACAACAGAUACAGAGACUACAUUAAAUACAAAUACAGUGACUAAAACAGUUUGUACAGAAUGUGCUCAUGAAACUAGUAAGCCAAGCACCGAGUCAUCAACAAUUGAAUCAACUACCACCGAGUCAUCAACAAUUGAAUCAACAACCACCGAAUCAACUACCACUGAGUCAUCAACAAUUGAAUCAACUACCAUCGAAUCAACUACCAUCGAAUCAACUACCAUCGAAUCAACUACCAUCGAAUCAACUACCAUCGAAUCAUCAACAAUUGAAUCUUUUAGCAUCGAAUCAUCAACUACAGAUAUCACGCCCUCGAGUUCAAAGGCAACUAGCGAAACGUCUUGUGAAAGCUGCGUACGUUCAUCUAUUUUGUCCACUUCAGUCGCUCCCUCCACUAGUGAAACAACAGCAUGGCACCCAGAACUGUUACAUGAAACAGAGACUAUUUCUUGCAUAGAAUGUACCUCGUCACCAUCAAUACAAACUCAAACAGAGACGACCAGCUCUGUUAACAGCACCACAGAAACAAUUACCUGCCACAACUGUUCAAGCUCUUCGAUUUUGUCAACGUCCAUUCCACCAGCCAUUGGAACAACAGAGACAAGUAUUUCCAGCAAGUAUAUCUCUUGUGUUGAAUGUGAGUCUUCCCAGAAAUCAGAGUCUGUUCCGUCAAUCUCUGACAGUACCACUACAUAUGCUGAACCACUGGGAAAUAAUGGGUGUGCUCUGUGUGACACUCCGCCAAUUACCGAGGCCGAAACAAUAUCGGACACUAUUACUUGCGAAGAAAAUUGUACGACAACAUUCCCUACUUAUGUUCCAGGUGUAUCAUCAUCAGAAUUGCCUCAAAGUGGACAUCCAAACAUCUUACCCACUUCGUCUAUAGUCGAGUCCUCCCACGCUCAACCCCAGUCCGGAGUUGCUGAUACAUCCACUACUUCGCUUUCCAUAGCCAGCACCGCAUCUAUAACCCCUUCACAUUCCGAGGAAUACCCAUCCUCAUCUCUAUAUAUUUCUCCAUACGUAUUUUCGUCUUACGAAGCGUUAUCCCACUCAAAAAGAUGUUCUUGGAUGAUGCUAUUAUUCUCCCUUCUCGCGUUAUUAGUCUAG